AUGAAGUGGCUUGAGGUCCAAAAGGAAAUGUAUCCCCAAGAGAAACCUCGGGAGCUACAAAGACUAACAGAUGUUAGGUCUGCACCAUCUCUCCAGUCCUCCUCGCCCACCUCCAUAGAUUACCGCACGCCUACACAAGACUCCAAUGAAGAGGCAAACAGCACAGUGUCCGAGCGCAGCACCACCCCAUACGGCCAAAACAUCUACGACAAAACACCCUCUUCAACCUCUGCUGUGAGCGAGAGCGGCUGA